GUGAUUAAAGUUUUUGAAUGUAUAUAUAUUAAAUAAGAAAGUAAAACAUAAACAUUGACUUUGGAUAUUAUAUUAAUAAUUUUGUGUGAAUAAGAAGAAAUUUAUAUUUCUUUCUAUUACAUGCAAAAUAUGGUAUACUUACAUUUUCCAUCAAAUUUAACAGAAGAAGAAUUGAUGUUGCAAGCGAAAUAUAAUAAACUUAAAAGAAAGAAAAAAGCACUACAAGAUUUGAAAGCUCCAAAACAAGAAACUGAACGUGUACCACAAACGCCAAAACGGCCUACAGAGGCUAGAGAUGCUAGGGAAGUUGCCAAAAAGUUGAUAAAAUCUGGAGUAAUUACAGCUCCAAAAACUCCCAAACGACCAGAACAAUCUUUUAAAAGACCGCGUGGAUUAGUAAGAAAAUUAAAUAGUACAGAAAAAACAGUAAGUUCUUAUCAACCAUUCUCAGCCACACAAAUGGAAGAAGAAGAACCAGAAACAGUAAGACCAAGAGUUAAAGAUUUAUAUGAUAGUUUUGUGAGUGCUCAAGAUACAGAAGAUCGAACUAGUAGAGAUGUACAAUCACCAUCUAAACAAGAAAUGAAGCCAAGAGCUGGAAAUACAAUAUUUGUAUGUGGUUACAAGAUAUCGGAAGAUUUUUUGAAGAAACAUUUUCAAACAUUUGGAAAUAUUAUAAAUAUUUCAAUGGAAGCAGAAAAAAAUCGUGGAUUUGUCACAUUUGAUAAAACAGAAGCUGCUGAAAGAGCAAUUAGUGAGAUGGAUGGUAGCAUGGUAUCUUCUAUUCAAUUAAAAGUAUCAUUAGCACGAAGACAACCUAUAAUAGAAUCUAUGACUGAUGCUACAUCUAGUUCUAUGUGGUCGCCGAUUGCAGCGAAUUAUUCUCAAAAAAGUGCACAUAAAGAUAGGAGAGAUUUAAAAGUGUACGAAGAAGAUCUUUUUAUGUGAAUAUAAUAUUUUUUAAUUUAUCUUAUGUUAUAUGUUGUUAUAAAAUUUUAACAGUCAGAGAAUUUUUAAAAAUAGAUUUGUACAUAGUAUAAUUAUACUUUAAUAUUUGCAAGAUAUCAAAAAAUAUUUUUUUCAAAUGUAUCUUAACUGUUAUAACUGAUAUUGCGCUGAUUAUUAUACAUACAUUCGUAUUUAGUUAAUACGAAUAUACGAAUAUAUGAAUAGGCAAACAAGAUAUAAAAACAUAUUAUUCUAUUUUAAUUUUUCUCAAUCACUUAUUAUUCUUUAUCAAUUGGUAAUUUUUAGAUGAUAUUUUGAAUUUGAUCUUUUCCUUUAAAAAAAAAGGAUUUUUAUCAAUAAAAAAAUAAUUAUAACAUUUGUGUUGAUAAUAGAUCUAUAAUUGAAAUAUAUAUAGAUGUAU